AUGUCUCCUGCAGCUUCUUCAAGGUGGUGUCCAACACCAGAGCAAUUGAUGAUCUUGGAAGAAUUGUAUAGGACUGGUAUUAGGACUCCUAAUGCUUCUCAAAUUCAACACAUCACUGCCCAGCUCUCUUUCUAUGGAAAGAUUGAAGGCAAGAAUGUGUUCUAUUGGUUUCAGAAUCAUAAAGCAAGGGAUAGACAGAAACUUAGGAGGAAGCUAGGCAACCAACUUCAACAACAACAACAGCAGCAGCAGCUUUACAAUCAUCAUAAUCUUCAUCAGCUACAACAGAACCACCCUAACUACUUUGAGCCUCCAGCUGCUUGUGCUUUUCAUCAAUUGUCCCAUCACCACUCUUCAACUUUUCUAUCUCAUGAGGGAGGACUUGAAGGCGCAAGAGCAGCCAACUAUAGGUGGAAGUUGGAGAUACCAGAAAUUAGAGAGAGUAAUGCAGAAAAGUCCAUGAUGAUGUAUGAGCAGCAUGAUUGGAUGAUGUUGAUGAAUGUGAGUUCACUGCCCAUCCAAUGUAGCAGCAAUAGUAGUACUAUUACUACUGCUAGACCUCUCAAGACCCUUGAACUCUUCCCACUCACAGCAACAAAUCUCAAAGAAGAAGAGUGA